AUGUCUCAAUAAUAAUUAACAUUCGAAUAAAAGAAAACUUCUUACGAAUGGGUAAUGGGUAUAGAUGAGGCUGGAAGAGGUCCAGUAAUAGGUCCAAUGGUAUAUGGCUGCUGUAUAUGGCCCAUAACUAAUACAAAUAAUAAAAAACAUGAGAAUGAUAAAAUGGAAAAUGAAGGUUUUAAUGAUUCUAAAGCACUAACUAUCGAAAAAAGAGAAGCUUUAUUUGCCCGUAUGUAGGAAUUAUAAGACGAUGAGUUACAUUUUGAGGUUUAUAUAGACACAGUAGGGAAUAAAGAGACUUAUUAAAAAAAACUGGAAAAUGAUUAUCAUAAAUAAUACCCAUAAAUUAAAUUUUGUGUCAAAGAAAAGGCAGACGCUGACUUCCCGGUUGUUGGAGCAGCUUCGAUUUGUGCAAAAGUCAUUAGAGAUAAGGAAAUAGAAAAUUAAGAAAUAGAAAAAAAUAGCGUUAGUUUAGGUUCAGGAUAUCCUUCAGACCCAUAAACUAAAAAAUGGCUUUAAAAUAAUUUCGAUGGGGUUUUCGGGUUUGGAAAUAUGGUUAGAUUUAGUUGGAGUACUGUGGAAAAUAUAUUUAAGGAAAGAGGGGUUUUUAUUAAUUUUUUUGAGGAUAAGGUAUAGGGUAAUGGAUGCUUUUAGUAGUUUUUAAUAUAGAAAGAAAAAAAAAUGUAUUUUUAAGGAAAAUUGGAUAUUUCUAUUAAAUUAGGCACUUUUAGUCAAACAGAAGUCCAUAUGAGUAUAAAUUUUAGAAAAUUCUUAUGA